AUUAAUUGGGUAAUCAGCGAGCAUGACCUUUGACCUUAAAUCAUAUCCCUGUCAGCCAUUUUCUUCGAACUCCAGCGUGGGAGUCGAGUCCAAUACGUCGCGACUUCAAAGGACGAAAUACGUUUUCCCGUCUUCCCUCAUACAGUGUGGGUACAAUCCAGCAUGCCCGGACAACAGGAGUUCAUCUGUGGCCUCUCGCACGAGGUAACCAUAGCAGUCCUCCCCAGACUGAACAUGGAGGAGCUGAUGUUUGAGCUCAACAGAAGGAUUCAAAACCUGGACAAAGAGAAUAGCAUCAAGGACAGGCUGGUCAGUAUCCUUAGGGACGUGAUGUUGGAGGAAUACCGUCAGUUGGAGAAGAAGUCAGAAGUCAGUUCUCUAGACGAAACAAUCAUACCUGUACAAAAUCAGGAGAACGUUCAGACUGCGUGCGCUGAAACAAUGUUAUCAGAGACUUCAAGUACUUACGCCUCACAGCAGAGUCCUGGGCUGGACAUUGUGAUCAAGAAGGAACGCGAUACAAGCAGUAACUUGCUCGUGUAUACAAAGGAGCCCGAGUUUAAUACAGAGCAGGAACAGCUGACUCUUCCACAACAAGAUCAAAUUUGUAACAAGCCCAGUCGAGGUACACCAGCAAUUCCCAUGUUCCAUACCCCUCUGAUGCAAAUGAAUAACAGAGAUGACUCUCGCAUUAAAGAGGAAGACUUUGAUAUGCUGACUGAGGAUUAUGCAGGCAGACCUUGUCAUGGCGAGCUCAAUUUUGACACUCCUACAUCCAGUAGGCAGGUAUUGCAUGCGCUGGAUACACGUAAUCCAACAACUACUUCUCAGACAGAGAAGACUGUGGAAGUCGAUGCACCCAAUGAGGAAGCACAUUCGGCUUCUUGUCAUCUGCCUCCAGACUACGGUAACAUACACAUAAGGAUAGAAAGUUAUGUCUCCCAUGAUUGUCAAAUCGGGCAAAAUUGUAGUAAAGCACCAGACCCGGAUCAAACUGAACAUCAUGCUGAUGACAGGGACACUGGUUUAAUCAACAGCGGACACGAACAAAGUAGACAAGAUAGUAGUGAGGAAACACUCUCAUCUCCUUGUGAACCGACUUCAGAACAGGCUUGUGAGAACAUGGAGUCUCUUUUUCCUGCCAAUGGCUCACAAAUUAAUUCAAAACGCUACGAGUGUGACGCAUCAUUCGCACACAGUGUCUCCAAGCACACUCAAUGCCAUAGAGGAGAAAAACCUUUCAUGUGUGGCGAAUGUGGUUACAGGACACAGUAUAAGUACCAUCUUGACGAACACAUGAGAAAACACACCGGUGAGAAACAAUUCAAAUGUAAUAAGUGUCACUACAAGACUUCAUAUAAAAGUUAUCUAGUCCAGCAUAUGAUAUGCCACUCGGGUUUGAAACCCUACAAAUGUAAGGAAUGUGUCUACAGGACAGCUUAUAAGGGCGAUCUUAUUAAACACAUGAGGCUUCACACCGGUGAGAGACCCUACAGUUGUCAAGUGUGUGAAUACAAGGCAAAAGAUAGGUCCAACCUCUCCAACCAUAUGAAAAAGAAACACCAGUGAAACCACUGUCAGUUGCCAACCA